UUUUUUUCCGCUAACCCAUUUCAACAAUUCCAAAAACCCAUUCAGCUCCUCCAUAGAUCAACCAAUACCCAUUUCUCACAACCCCAAUAACUCUCCUCUUCUCUUCUCAACACCGAGAUCGACGGCGUCAACACCAACAAGCUCUGCAACGCCGUCCAGCUCUACCUCAGCAGCUCCGUCUCCAUCGCCGGCAGCCGCCUCAGCCUCACCUGCGACCUCAAUUUCAGCGCUGUCACAUUCGGCCUUCCAACAACGAUCGCCUCGUCCACAUCUACAACGGCGUCUCGGUCCUCUGGGAACACAUCGUCGCACAACGCCAAUCACAGACCUUUUCGUGGCGUCCAUUGCCGGUUCACACCCGCAUCAACAAGAAACCCAAAACCCCUCCGUCGAUUUGUUGUCGCAGAACAUGACCAUGAACAUGGGUCAGGGUCGGAUCAGUUCCACCUGAGGGUGCGGCCGCGGACGGCGGAGCUGAGGAGGAGGGUUGCUCUGUUAGCGGCAAGGGGCUCCAUGGAUUCCAGCGACCAUGACUUCCAUCGAUUUCGACAGCGAUCAGCCGAACAAAUUGAUUGUGCAGGCAAUUUGUGGCGGCAAGGUUGGAGGAUUGGGUUUGGUUCGGUAGACUAUCAGCGGCAAUGCGCCGUGGUGGCGACGAUUUGCAGCUAUAUAUACCAUCGAUUACCAUAUAUAGAUCUAAUUAUACGUAUAUAGAUGAUCAGAAUAUAUAGAUAUAGGUGAGUCAUGACUCAUGUAUGAACAGUAUAUAUAUAUAUAUAUAUAGAUCAAUAUAUAGAGAGAGGUUUUAGAGAGGGAAAAAAAAAUUGUAUGAGUAAUUUUAAUUCAAAAGUAAGGGUAGAAAUGUCUUUACAAUCAUAGUAAGGGCAAAUAUGAUAUUCCAUGUUCAAAAUGACGGUUAUUGACCGAAGUUGACCGUUAUCGGAAGGAGCAAGGAGCAAAGUGUUAUAACGGAGUGGAAGUCGGUGUAAUUAUUGAAAUUGAAAUGUCAGGUAGAUAUUUUCCAAUUUACCUUUUUUUUUUUUUUUUUUUUUUUUCUUUCUCUAAACCGUUUCUGUAACUGACUGACUCUAGUGAGGCUCAGUCUAGAGAGAGAGUGAAGACUACAUAAGAGAAGGAGAGAGCGUUUGUGAGAAAAUGUGAAGGGUUAGAGCUAGAGAGAGAAGACGUAAAGGCUAGAGAGAGAGAAGACGUAAAGGCUAGAGAGAGAAUGUCUAUGAUGCUGCGCCUGAAGUCUGCAAUUGCUUGCGCAAGAAAGAUCCGAAGCGAACUUACUAGGGUACCAUUUUCGUUGAAUUUUCUGGUUUCAUGAUUUAUUAAUUAAUUUUUUUAUCUUGCUUUGGUUCGUUUUUCAAGGAGUUCAUGGAUAUCAGUCGAUUGAAUGCUGGUUCGGAACCAGAGAUUCCAAGAAAACUGACGAUGUCUACGAUUUCUGACAAUACUAUCCUAGGGAAAUCUACUUCCAGGAGUUUCAAAGAAUAUGCUGGUUCAGAAAGUUAUGAUGUUAAAAUCCAGUCCUUAUCUCCGUCACCUUUGCGUCUUGGAGUUGGCUACAUGGCUACUAACAUUGGUAUGCAUGCAUUAAAGUUGGGACAAAUUACUGGAGGACUCAAUUGCUUCUCAGAGCUGUAUUCAGGUGGUAGAUUGAAAGCUUUGGAUGUACAAGGUGUCUCUCAAAGACACUACAAGGGAACUCCUAAGAAGGGUACUCCUAAGAAAGGCAACCCUAAGCAGGCAAUGGAUCCAAAGAGUCCUGUGUCCUUCCCCCCUCGCCCCACAUUUCGUUGUCCUAUAUGUUGGCUAGAUCCUACUCCCGAGAGGACAAUAAAGCGAGUGAAUCUGAAUUCUAGCGGCGAUGUGAAGAAACAUUUCCAGGGAACGAUUGAAUGUAAGAGGGGUCCCAAGUACCUUACUCAUCCCAAUGGAAGUUAUUGUGAUUGGUGUGGUGUUGGCUUUCCUACCCAGAACGAUGUCACUAAGCAUGAGGCCGUCUGUCCUCAAAAGAUUUGGGAAGAAUGCAAAAAGGCUGCUGGACUUAACUGAAUUGGGGAGGAAUGUAGUUAGUCUAUAGAAAGGAACAAGAGAAUCACUGAGCAAUUGAUCACAGUUUGUUUGACAUUGGAUUUCCAUUUAUUUUGAUCCUAAUACCGUUGCUAGUCUCAUAGAUUCAGUAAGGAGUCUUGCUUUUCCUUGACUCGACUUAUUAAUACUUUGUUGCUAAUAUUUGAAUUUGAAAUGUGAAAUGUGAGAUCUUUUUAACUUGCUGCUGAAUAUAUUUCAUGCAC